AUGGCUGAAGGUUAUCCCCAAGAUUCCGCGGGUCCUGUCCUAGGCGCCAACAACAAGACUUCGUUCAACAUGUAUCAAGAUCAAGUUCCAAUACACAAUGUGAUUCUCGAACAAGAUAUCAUCGAGCCUCUUGCUAUUGUGGGAAUAUCGAUGAGAUUUCCAGGAGAAGCCGUAUCCGAGAGUUCUUUCUGGGAGAUGAUGUUACAGAAACGUUGUGCAAUGAUAGACUAUCCCCCUGACCGUAUGAAUAUCGAUGCUUUCUACGACUCCGACAAUAGCAAAAUGAACAAGAUGAGUACGCGCGGAGCGCACUUCAUCAAAGAAGAUAUUCGAUCGUUCGAUGCACCAUUCUUUACAAUCCCACCUCACGAAGCAGCUAUGUUGGAUCCACAGCAGCGAUGCCUUCUCGAAACUACAUAUCCCGGCAUACCUCUCGAGAGAAUCCGGGGCUCGAAUACCUCAGUCCAUGUCGGGUGCUUCAUCACGGACUACUGUACGAUGGUCUGGAGAGACGUGCAGUCUAUUCCAAAGCACAGUGCAACUGGAUCUGCGGGAUCUAUCCUCGCCAAUCGUCUGAGCUGGUUUUUUGACCUGCGAGGAAGUAGCAUGACGGUUGAUACUGCAUGUUCCAGUGGACUAGUUGCCAUGGAUUUGUCAUGUAAUGGUCUCUGGACAGGGCAAGCCGACAUAGGUAUUGUAGCUGGUUCGAACCUCAUCUUCUCUCCGGAGCUCAAUAUAGCGCUAUCUAAUAUGAAUUUCCUUUCACCAGACAGCCAAUGUUAUAGCUUCGACCAUCGUGCCAAUGGGUAUGCUAGGGGCGAAGGAGUGGCAGUGCUUAUUCUCAAGCGACUGUCAACUGCUCUCCGAGAUGGUGACACCAUUCGUGCAUUAAUCAGAUCUAGUGGGGUCAAUCAAGAUGGGCACACAGCAGGCGGUGUUACUCAACCAAGGAAGGCUUCUCAAGUGCAGUUGAUUCAUGAAACUUAUCUCAAGGCAGGGCUUGAUAUGGGAGUGACGAGAUUUGUGGAGGCACAUGGUACCGGAACACAACUUGGUGACCCAAUUGAGGCACGGGCGAUUGGUGAAUGCUUUCAAGCCCAGAGGACAGGAGAUGAGCCGUUAUACGUUGGCGCUGUGAAAGCUAAUGUCGGACAUCUGGAAGGUGCCAGUGGUCUAGCAGCGAUAAUCAAGACAGUUCAGAUUUUGGAAAAGGGUGUGAUCCCUCCAAAUACAAAUUUCGACUUGUUGAAUCCUCAAAUUGAUGCCGAUUUCCUCAAGCUGAAGUUCCCAUUGGAGCCAAUUUCCUGGCCUUGUCAGGGUGUCCGAAGAGCUUCCGUAAACUCUUUUGGGUUUGGGGGCACAAAUGCUCAUGCCGUCCUUGAUGAUGCGCAUCAUUAUCUUCAAUCAAGAAACAUCAGUGGCAACCACCGUACUACUGUUUCUUCGCUUGAAAUUAAACACGCUCACUUGAAUGGGAGGUCUUCGCCAGGUAUACUAGACACGAGUCACAACAUCGAUGCGAAGACGAACGCAAAAUUGCUCACAUGGUCCGCUGCAGAUGAAUCAGGAGUAUACCGCAUUGCAAAUGAGCUUGGCGAACACUUCGCCCACCUCAUGGAAACGGGGCAAGAAGCCACCUUUUUGGACGACCUAGCGUUCACAUUGAACUUACGACGCAGUUCACUACCAUGGAAAUCCUAUCUUGUCGCCGAUUCUGUCUCAACGCUGCAAGAUAUACAAGGGCAAAUGUCGAAGCCCAUGCAAUUACCUGCGACUCGACGCAAUCUAGGUUUCGUCUUUACCGGUCAGGGAGCUCAGUGGUAUGCAAUGGGGCGAGAACUCCGGAUAUACCCCGUCUUCGAGAAAUCUCUGUCACAUGCACAAAUUUGCUUAGCAACCAUUGGAUGUGACUGGGUGCUUACAGAAGAGCUUGCUGCCGAUCAAAACAGCACAAGAAUCAAUGAGCCAGAGUUUAGCCAACCAUUAACCACAGCAAUUCAGAUUGCUCUGGUUGACUUACUCCGAGACAUUGGUGUUAUUCCCUCAGUUGUAGUUGGUCACUCUUCUGGAGAGAUUGCAGCAGCGGGUUAUUUAGCUUCAGAGCUGCAAAAGAGAUCCACAAAUUGCAAGCACCAAAUGGUCUCAGUUGGACUAUCUCAAGAACAAGUUCGCGACCAACUCACAAAAGUGGGUCACCGUCCUAGGUUUGAUGCCCAGUCUAUGACUGUGAGCUGUAUUAAUAGCCCAAAUAACGUGACUAUCUCAGGGCCAGAAGAUCAAGUGGACUGGUUGAUAUCCGACCUACAGGAGCAGCAAAUCUUUGCACGGAAACUAAUAGUUGGCCUGGGAUACCACUCUCCACAAGUAUCCCAGAUAGCAUCGGAGUAUCUCGACCGACUCAAGACGUUAGAGAAAGACGAAGUCAAGCUAUCAAAAGAGAUUGUAAUGGUAUCGUCCGUAUCAGAGUAUUGGGUCCAAAAUAUGGUGUUACCCGUCAACUUUCUCGGAGCAAUGCAGAAAUGCUGUUCCGUUGCAGAAGGUAGCAUUCUGGCCAAAAAGCUUGACAGAAGGCAUAAAAAAGACAUUGUUACACACUCAUGGCUCGAGAUUGGCCCGCAUGCGGCUCUCCAAGGUCCUAUACGGGAUAUAUUGUCCUCCUUGAACAGAAGUGCCGAGGUCAGCUACGUUUCCAGCUUAAUACGAAAGAAAUCCGCAAAUGAGACCUUUCUAAACGCCACCGGGAGCUUGAUAUGUCAAGGCUUUUCCGUUGACAUGAUCCGGCUGAAUGGACAUGGCCGCAGCUCCUCUCGUCAACCUGCGGUAUUGACAGAUCUACCACAAUAUCCUUUCAACCACUCAGUAUUAUAUUGGGGUGAGUCCGCCGUGAACAAAGGAUUUCGGUUUCGACAACAUCCUCACCAUGCCCUCCUUGGCAGUCAAGUUGCCGAUUGGAAUCCUCAAGAGCCAAAAUGGAGGCUCAUGAUUCGACAAGCAGAGCUGCCAUGGAUAUCAGACCACAAGGUGAAUGGCUCCAUCUUGUAUCCCGCUGCAGGCAUGCUUGCCAUGGCCCUCGAAGCGACAAAGCAAGUGACAGAGAGGCUUGAUCAAGAAGUAGUCGGCUACAAGAUUCAGGAAGUAGAGUUUCACAGAGCUCUCAUAUUUCACAGUGCCGACGAAGCAGCCGAAACGCAAAUCAGUCUGGUUCCAACAACGAAUUCUGGCAGCGGGAAAGACAUGCGAUACGACUUCCGAAUCUAUCAGCGACGAAAUGAUGAGGAGUGGGACGAGAUUUGCCGUGGAUCUACACACGCAGAUUAUGGCGACGUUCCAUCUGAAGUAUACAAUGACAAGGAAGCAGUCAACAUGUUGAGCAGUAUACACGGACACCAUGCGGCAGCUGCCAGGUCUUGUACCUACACAAUGCAGCGUGCAGAAAUGUACGAGCAACUGCGUCAUAUCGGGCUUGACUACGGAUCGUCUUUUCAGCUGCUGGAUCAGAUACACUUCAACACAGAGGGCGAAGCUACCGCAACCAUUGAUGCCGUCCCGCAGGACUCUCCAAGUGCUAAUGAAUCAUUGUCUUCUACUCAACAUCAUAUUAUACAUCCAACGAUACUGGAUAAUUUCUUCCAACUUGUUAUCGUAGCAUUGAGUAGAGGAAGCUUCGCUUCAAAACAAACCAUGGUGCCCACCAGAAUUGAGACGUUGUGGAUAUCGAGUGCCGGAGUAUCAUCUCUAGGAGAUGUCCGCGCUCAUGUCAAGGCCCAGUAUCACGGUCGACGUACUGCACAGUCGGAUAUCACUGUCCUUGGCAGAACAGAUGGAUUGCUUAAAGCUAAAAUUGAUGGCCUUGAAGUCACCACUCUUCCCAAUGCGCAAGCAGACCUUGAUAUACAGGGAGAGUCAGAUCACCUAUGUUUUCAGAUGGAGUGGAAAGUAGAUCUCGACACAAUGAGUUGUGAAGAGAUCCUACGAUACUGCGAGCGAGCUUAUGAAGCGGAAAUCGAGCCGAUUGAGUGGUUUCGGGACAGUGAUUGUCUCUCGCUGGCAUUUAUUGCAACAGGGUUGAAAGAACUAAGAACAAGAGAUAUACAACCUAUUCCAUCUUUAGAGAGGUAUGCCUCGUGCAUCCAGAAGCACCUCGAUGGUCAUCUGGCCAAAAUGCCGCAGGAAGAACGCAUUCAACGCUUAGAGCAGCUCGAGAGUAGGAGCCACUUAGAUUCUCUUUGUAAUCGCAUGAUGGCAAGCCGUCAAGCGAAAGCAUUCAUCAAAGUGGGACGAAAUCUUCCCGAUGUGCUCUCCGGCGUGGUGGACCCAUUGCAUUUGCUGUUUGAAGAUGAAGGUCUCAUGGAAGGCUUCUACGAAGAGAUGAACGAAACCCCUCAGUGCUUUGACGUCUUUAACCAGUACCUGGACGCAUUGGCUCACAAGGACGCGGGAAUGAAUAUUCUCGAAAUUGGUGCUGGCACUGGAUCGACGACUAAAGUACUGCUGAAGUUAUUGGCACCAGUUCCAACAUCACCUCGCUACGGACAGUACGACUUCACAGACGUCUCUCCAUCAUUUUUUGAUAAAGCGAAGAGCAAGUUUGGCCACUUCAGUAGGAUGGAAUUUCGUGUCCUUGAUAUCGAAAAGGACCCGUUGAUGCAAGGAUACAAAGAGGGGACAUAUGAUCUCGUUCUAGCUGCUAAUGUUCUGCAUGCAACCCAAGAAUUGCAGGAAACACUGGCAAAUGUCCGCAAACUUUUAAGACCCGGCGGCAGGCUUGUCCUCAGUGAAGUCACUAAUACUGAGGCUCCGCGGUACUCAUUUGCAUUUGGAAUUCUGCCUGGAUGGUGGAUAGCCACGGAAAGUUACAGACAAAACGGUCCUUGUAUAACGGAACAAAAGUGGCACCAGGUGUUAAUCGACAAUGGUUUCAGUGGUACUGACAUCGUUUUUCGAGAUUACAAGAGUGAAGAAUGCCACGGGUGGAGUAUCAUGGUGUCCACAGCCCUUCCAGCAGGCUCGGACCAGCUGCCACCUAUGCUUCAGCCGAUCAUCCUUCUGAACAACGCGGCCUCUUUCCAGCAGCAGCUUUCCCAGGAAAUAAAGAAAGAACUCAGACAACAAGAAAUAUUGGGAACCGAGAUUAUGACUGUCGAGGAAGCAGCUCUGAUGGAUGACAUACAAGCCCAGCAUUAUGUUCUGAUCAAUGAAGUCGGCUCCUCCCUGCUGCGAAAUCUUGAUAGCCUAGGAUAUCUUGCCAUCCGAACCCUUGUUUCGUCCGCUGCUAGCCUACUGUGGGUUUCAGAUGGAGGCGGCCAGUCUCCAAUAGGUCCCGACUAUGGAAUUGUGCAGGGUUUAAGUCGAGUCUGUCGCCAGGAGAACUUCAAGGUCCAAUUUGUGACGCUAGCCCUCGAUACUCAACAGUCCUCCGCUACUGUCAACCAGUAUGCCGAAAUAGUAGCGAAGGUUUUCCGCAUCUCAAGUUCGCGUCUUGGGGAGGGGAGCUAUGAGCCUGAAUAUCUGCAAAAGGAGGGGCUGCUCUAUAUCAACCGCCUGAUUGAGUAUGACAGCCUCAAUGACCACAUUUCCACGAUGACCACGCUAUCACAGCGAACAAAGCGAUUUGGGGAAGGGCCACCUCUGAAACUGAAUUUCAAGACGCCCAGUUUCAGCGACUCGUUACAGUUCAUCGAGGACAGUAACAUGGAGAAGCCGCUUGCGCACGAUGAAGUGGAAGUAGAAGUCCGCGCUAUUGGCGUUAACUUCAAAGAUGUUCUCACCAUCUUGCAACGCAUCAACUCGGAAAACAUUGGAUGUGAAUGUUCGGGCGUGGUAAAGCGAGUCGGGCAGCACGUUUUGGAAUUCCAGAAGGGCGAUCGCGUUGCUCUUUGCGGCGCCGACAUCUUUCGGUCGUAUGCGAGAGCUCACGUUGAUUGCAUCACAAAAGUUCCCCACAACAUGCCCUUCACAGAGGCCGCAGCUCUGCCUGUAGCAUUCUGUACAGCCUACCACAGUCUUUGCGACGUAGCGCGGUUACAGAAAGGGGAAACUAUCCUCAUCCAUGCUGCGUCUGGCGGGACUGGACAAGCGGCUGUACAGAUUGCUAUCUACAUCGGAGCUGAGAUCUUCGCUACGGUAGGAUCUAGAAGUAAAAAACAGUUGCUGAUGGAUGUCUAUAAGAUCCCCGAAGACCAUAUCUUGUAUAGCCGAGACACAGCCUUCGCAGGACAUGUCCGGAGAAUGACAAAUGGCCGCGGUGUCGAUGUUGUGCUGAAUUCGUUAUCAGGACAAAGUCUGGUGGCAUCGUGGGAGUGCAUCGCACCAUGUGGUCGGUUCGUCGAAAUCGGGAAGAGGGAUAUCCAUUCGCGAGGCAGUCUUCCAAUGCAUCCAUUCAAUAACAACACAUCUUUCUACGGAGUAGAUCUUGCAGAGCUUGCUCUCAUACGGCCGGGUGUGAUCAAAGCACUACUCGGGAAAGUUAUGUCAUUGGCAGCCGCGGGGCUUGUGACCCCUUCGUUCCCGGUCCAAGUUUUUCCUCUCUCCGAGACUGAGCAAGCUUUUCGUCUUCUUCAAAGUGGUAAAAGCUCUGGCAAGAUUGUGAUUGAAUUCUCUAGUGAUUCAGAAGUGCCAACCUGUUUAAAGACUAAACCUGCAUGUCGGUUGCUACAGAAUGCAACCUACGUGGUGUCGGGUGGUCUUGGUGGACUGGGCCUCAGCAUCGCGCGCUGGCUGGUGGACCGAGGCGCCAAGAAUCUUCUUUUGCUGUCUCGUUCAGGCCCCGAAGGAAAUGAGAAAGCACAGGCCGUUUUGGCCCAACUCGGUGCAGAGGGAGUCCGGAUCCAAGCUCCAAAGUGUGAUGUAGCUGAGGCGCAUUCCCUUGAGGAGGUGUUGCUGGCUUGUGAAAAGAUCAUGCCCCCUAUCAAAGGAUGCUUUCAGGCCGCGAUGGUCCUCAGGGACUCUACCUUCGAAAGUAUGUCAUAUCAAGACUGGAAAGAGAGCCUGAACCCUAAAGUUCUCGGUUCUUGGAAUCUUCAUGCCAUGCUUCCUGACGAUAUGGACUUUUUCGUACUUCUUUCCUCGGCCACCGGUAUUUUCGGGAAUGCUGGCCAGAGCAACUACGCGGCUGGUAACACUUACCAGGACUCACUGGCCCAAUAUCGUAAUUCUUUGCAAUUGCCAGCCACAGCACUAGACCUUGGCGUUAUUCUUUCUGAGGGCAUUGUCGCAGAUAGUCCACAUCUCAUGGACUAUGCUAUGCGUGUCGGACUUAUGGUACCCAUUACUGUUGAACAACUCUUCGCUGUACUUGAUUACUACUGUGAUCCGAAGCAGCGUACUUUUACUGCUGCCCAGAGCCAACCGAUUGUUGGAAUAGACAUUCCUUCCAGGAUUUGUGCGAAAGGGAAAGAAAUCCCAUACUAUCUACGCCAACCCCUUUUCCGGAACAUGUAUCAGAUUGCUUCUACGUGGAAGUCUUCAAUCAAUAACUCCACGCAAACAGUGCAGUAUCAAAGUUUGUUUGAAAGUACAGAGAGUUUGCAAGAAGCAGGUCUCUUGGUCUCCGAAGGAUUAAGAAAAAAGAUGUCCAAGGUGUUAGGUAUUCCAGAAGAAAAUAUUGAGCUGACUAGCAAGAUGGAAUCUUACGGAGUGGACUCUUUAGCCGGAGUUGAACUACGCAACUGGCUGGCGCGAGAGAUAAGUGCUGAUGUAACAAUCUUUGAGAUCAUGGGACCUGCGACACUACUAGGAAUAGGGAAAGCAAUUGCAGCAAAGAGCUCGUUUCGACAAUCAAGAUGGAGUUCUGAAUAA